AUGUGUCUCUCUCUCUGUGUGUGUUGAGGGUUGGCAGAAGCAGAAACCAUUUGGCUCCCAAUCUCUUUUUGAACUCUUUGGAAACCUUUUUCGUUCCCGACUCUUGAGUUCUAUUUUAAAUCCUUCCAGAAAAAACCAAAACCAAAAAGGAAGGUUGCUUUUGAGUUCCAUAAAAAGGUAGGAGGUUUCGUUUCUGCUUUGGGUGUCAGGGACGUGUGUGUCUCAAGUGUAUUUGUGUGUGUGUGUGUAUGUGAAGACACACACACACACAGAUUGCCUGGAGUGAGAAGAGAGAGAAAACCAAGCAGGGAAGGAAAAACAGAUUUUAAGCGAGAGGAACACUCCACUUCAGACAGAGAAGAGAAGAGAGAUCCCACUUGCACACCAGUUUCAGGAAGAAGAUGAAAGAAUCCCGGUGCCUGACGGUGGCCACUGCUUUGCUGACGCUGGUAGCCCUCAAGGCCUACAUGGAAUGGAGUGCUGAGCAGGAGGAGGGCUUCCCAACCCCUCAUGGAGUCGGCUGGCACAGCAGCUCCAUCACGCCCGCCCAGCCCUUGAGUGAAGACCUGCCAGUCUUUGUUCCACAACACUUCAAUGCUUCCUUGCAGCAGCUGCGCCAAAGCAUCCCAAAGACCAAAGCCUAUUGGAAUGAGAAACAACACCGUAACUUCCGAAUCCUCGAGGGGGACUUGGAGGCCAAUGCUUCAUGGAACGAAUGCUUUGGUCCCGGAACAGCAGACAGAGUGGCCAAGAUCAAAGAUUUUGGGUCCUACUCAGAGCUUUACAGGAAUUUCAUUUUAUACGAUGAAUGCCGGACCUUUCCGCUCUUGCUCAACCAGCCAACCAAGUGCACCACCAGUGGCAAGAACCACACCUUCCUACUCUUAGCCAUCAAAUCUUUGCCUGGCAACUUUGCUGCCCGUCAGGCCAUCCGGGACACGUGGGGGCAUGAGGGUGCCCCUGGGGGUUUACUAGUCCGCACCGUUUUCUUGUUGGGCACAGCCCAGAGCCGUUCUGGGCCUCGCUUGCAACGGCUGGUAGAAUACGAGAGCCAGACUUUUGGUGACAUCUUAAUGUGGGACUUUGAGGACACCUUCUUCAACUUGACGCUGAAGGACUACCUCUUUCUCAACUGGACCCUAGAACAUUGCCGGAAGGUCCGUUUCAUUCUCAAGGGGGAUGAUGACGUUUUUAUCAACAUGCCCAAGGUCUUGGAUUUCCUUGGCUCUUUAGAUGUUCAAAAGCCACUGUACACGGGCCAAGUGAUGGCCAAUGCGUCACCAUUCCGCGUUCGCAAAAGCAAGUACUAUGUGCCAGAAUCGUACUACGUAGGGCCUUACCCAGCCUAUGCAGGCGGUGGUGGCUACAUCUUCUCGGGACCACUAGCCCAGUGGCUUCACCUUGUUUCUCGACACAUAGCCUUUUACCCUAUUGAUGAUGUUUACACAGGCCUUUGCUUCCAAGCCCUGGGUAUCCGCCCAGAGUCCCAUCCUGGCUUCCAGACCUUUGAUAUCGCAGAGAAGGACCGUGAUGAUCCCUGUGUGCAUAGCAGACUACUUUUGGUGCACCGACGUAGCCCUCAGCAGACCCUUCAACUCUGGAAACAAAUUACAAACCCAGAACUCAAGUGCUGAGGGUUGUCACGGACGAUCGGACCUCUGAGCAUGGAGGUUUUAGGAGCAUCCUAUGGGCAAUGAGAAGAAGAGGCAGAAAGAUAUGGGACUCACGUCUUCUGUAUCUCAACUGGGAUUCUGAUCGAAAGCAGCUCCUGCAUGUGGCAGAUGGUGGGUGAGCAUAGCCUCCUUAUACAUUCCAGAUUUGGAGGUAGCAUAUGUCUGAAGGACAGGCCAUUGCCCAAAUGCCUGGCUCCUGAACUCCCUAGAGUCAGUUGGCUGGCCACUGCUGGAAACAAGAGCACUAGAAGAAAGAGGACAUCAGUCCACUUUGGUUGACCUCUUCUUAGGUUUGUACUCAGAGUUGCCUUCCUAUUCUGGCAAGGCAAGGUGGAGAGGGAUUAAGUCUGGGGACAUAAAUAAGGGGCAGCUUUCUUGAAAGCCUGUUGCAGGGGAAUGAAGAUGUUAUCCUUUUCUAGCAGGAUUACUGGAAAGGAAAAGGAUUUAAUUUAAGAUGGCUCCCUCUGUAACAUAGCCUGGUCCUCUGGAUGUUGUUGGACCGUAACUCCCAGCAUCCAGAGCCGGUACAGCAAAUGGUGAAGAAUUCUGGGGGCUCAGCAAUAUCUGGAGGGUGGCACUGGCCCAUCUCCCACACUUGUUCUCUAUCCUUAAACCCGAUGUGAGUUAAUGCAUUACGAUAGGCAGAUGUAUUUAGUUUGGCCUACUGUUGGCAUGUGCUUAAAAGAUAAGUUAAUAAUGUACUGUACAUAUAAAAACUGACAGAGGUGGAACAUAGAACCAUGGGCGACAGGCGUCAAUGACAGUUUAAGAUUAGGGAAUGUUCUUUCCCCAGAUGUUGAAGACAGUUAUUCUUAACUUUGUCUCUGGUCUUUCUGGCUGAAAAGUUAAGAUGUCCAGGAAUCAGUCCCUUAAAACUUAUCUUGCUAAACUCCCAGUCACAGUUGAAGCUCUGUACUCCUACUUUCAUUCAUUCAAUCCCUCCUUUUCAAUCCAGAACAUUCUACCAGAUCCAUCUGCAAUGUCAGAUUACGCCCCAAUAGGGUUUUUCCCUACACUCUUUAUUCUCUUCUAUGGUACAUUUCUAUUUUUCCUAUUGAAAACUUUUUGUUACUUGAAGUAAUCCCUACAAGGGUUUUCUCCUUGUGGCUCAAUCUUCUAGACUAGAGCCAACACACCCACAGCUGGGUAAACAAAGGAACGGAGUAAACAAGUGUGCACUGACAACAUUCACAACCAUUUAGUGUUUAAACAUGCCUUAAGAAAAAGGUACAACUUGGGGGUAAAAAUAGGUGUUCUCCUAAGUUGCCAGCUGUUAUUCCUGUUACAGCUGCAUCUUGCACCAAAGUUGAACAGAGUUUGGAUAUUUUUGUGUGACCUGCUUAAAUGUGCAGAAACUCAUUAUUCAAAGGCUGUCAUGAUGUACCGAUAUAAUAAAAUGAGUCUCAGGUGCUGUCUA